CACGCUUAUGACGUCAAUAUCGUCGCCGGAAACGCAAGUUAUAGACUUAUUGACCUCUCUCGAGUUUAUCAAAUAACAAAAACAUUUUGUGGAAUAAGGUGUAUUAAUUUAGGUUAUAUAAUGUCAUUGGAGACGGUACCAAAGGAUCUUCGUCACCUGCGGGCUUGUCUGCUCUGUUCUCUUGUUAAGACUAUUGACCAGUUCGAGUACGAUGGCUGUGAUAACUGCGAGUCCUACCUGCAAAUGAAGGGGAACCGGGAGAUGGUUUAUGAAUGCACAAGCUCCUCUUUUGAUGGUGUCAUUGCAAUGAUGAGUCCUGAAGACAGCUGGGUGGCCAAGUGGCAAAGAAUAGGAAAUUUCAAAGCGGGUGUCUAUGCUGUAACAGUAACUGGAAGAUUACCUCCAGGAGUGGUGCGGGAGCUAAAGAGCAGAGGAGUCAUCUACAGGUCCAGAGACACGGCAGUGAAGACGUAAACGUGAGACACAGCACAGCUUUGGCAUCGCUUCACAGAAAAGUUCCUCAGCUAAACAAUACACUGUCAGUGUUUUCACCUGUCUGAAGAAACCGGUUUAUUCCAACUUCUGAUCCAUGCGGUGCUCUACAGCCUACAAUCUCACGUCUGAUUUAAGAAUAAAUAGCCAAAAGCCAGUGAGGACUGGACUGGUGAAUUUGGUUAAGAUUUGUGGAUAGCACUGUAAUAUUCUUUUGCUUCACUUAUAUGAUGUCUGGAAUCUUGUUUCUUUUUUUUUCCCUCAUUAUAAUCUUGUUUGAUUGCAAGAGCACCACAGUUAUGACUCUAUUGGUUGGACAAUGCUGAUUAAUUACAAUUGAAUAAAAAACUUUUUAAAAAAUGUUGAUUGAGUC